GUCCAUGGGUCCAGCCGACCUGACCUAAAUUCCCGUCAUCUUCACACACUUUUUCUUAUCUCAUAAGCUCUCUUUUCUUCUUUCUUUCUCUCUCUCUCUCUCUCUCUCUCUCUCUCUAUUUGCAUUACAGUUUUCUUCCAAUUGAGCUUCUCUCUCUACAUCCCAAAUCAUUCAACAACUGGGUCUCCUUGGUCUCUUUGAAUCUCAAAUAUCCCAGUGACUUUUUUUCUUUCUUUCUGAUUUUUGGGGUUAGGUCUGUCUGCAUGUAAGAAAUAUAUAUAGAGUGAAUUUCGCCUGGAAAAUAUCCAAAAAAAAAAAUGUUGGCCCCUUUUAGCGAUAUUGCUCCUUCUCUUGUACCCUUUUCGAACCCCAUAUCUCACCGUUCUCUCAUCGGAGGUAAUCAUACCUCUGCUCGUUUCUGUUCUCGGUAACCCCACUUUUCUCCUUUCGAAUCCUUUCUUUUCUAUUUCCCUUUUUCUUUAUACUCACAAAAAUACAGAAAGAAGAAUAGAUUGUAAAACAGAGGGAUUUUGAUGGAUCAUAGUACCGCAAAACCGGGACUUUUUAGGAAUGUUUUGGUACGUUUAUGCCUUUUUUGUGUUGUGAUUGUUGGUUGUCGGUUUGCUUAUGUGGUGACUCUCAAAGGGGAAACCUGUGACCUCAGCGAUUUUUGUUUUUUCUCCUUGCCGGAAAAUCUGAAUGUUAUUUCCGCCGGCGUCGGCCAGCUGACUAAGUCCGUGUCAGCGGUCAUGGUUAACGAGGAUGCCGGAAAAUCUGCUCCGGCGAAGCCUAGAAUUCCUGAUCUAUGGGCCAGUAAAGAUUUCCAAAAAUCGGCCCGGUUUUAUUCUUCGGUUUUUCAGGAUCUUGUUGCAGAGGGAACCUUGAGUUCGAAUUCGAAAACCCUUUGCGUCGAAACGCCGAUGGGUGCUGAUGUUUUUUCUUUGAAGGAAAUUGGGGUCGAGGAUUCUGUUGGAAUUUACAGGAAAGGUUCAAAGCCUUUGGUGAUUACAGGUAAAGCUGUUAAACAGCCGUUUAAAGAUGAUACAUUCGAUUUCAUAUUUUCCGGUGGCGGAAUGAUCGAUAAGUCACCUAAGCCCGCAGAUUUUGCAGCGGAGAUUUGUCGGACUUUGAAACCCGAAGGGUUUUUGGUUGUCCAUACAGGUUCUAAAGAUACAUAUAGUUUCAAUUCAUUCCUUCAUUUGUUUAAUUGUUGUACAUUGAUAAAGUCUAGGAAUAUUGAUGGUUUUGAUUCAAGUAUGAGUGCUAUUCUUGAGAUUGUUAUGAAGAAGGAUAGAUAUGUUGAAGAACAAGUGAGUGAUUUGAUGCACAAAUGUAACAUUCCGGAUUAUAAAAUGAAGCUGAUAAAAAAAGCAGAGCCUUUGAUUAAAGAGGAACCUAAGAAACCAUGGAUUACACUGAAGAAGAAUGCACAGAACAUAAAGUACUUGUCAUCGAUGGCGGAUAUCAGUUUUAAGCAGAGAUAUGUAUAUGUUGAUGUCGGUUCAAGGAGUUAUGGUUCAAGCAUUGUGAGUUGGUUCAAGAAGCAGUAUCCUAAGCAAAACAAGACCUUUGAGAUAUAUGCAGUUGAGGCUGACAAGACUUUCCAUGGACAAUAUAAGGAGAAGAAAGGGGUUACUUUGUUACCAUAUGCAGCUUGGGUGAGGAACGAGACGUUGUCGUUUGAGAUUAAUCAAGACCCGGGUCAUAAAGAUGUAGCGAAAGGGAGAGGGAUGGGAAGAAUUCAACCUGUUGAAUCUUCUGGUCAAUCUGCAAGUGAGGUGGAUGUGAUUCAGGGUUUUGAUUUUGCUGAAUGGUUGAAGAGUGCGGUAACGGAGAAGGAUUAUGUGGUGAUGAAGAUGGAUGUUGAAGGCACUGAAUUUGAUUUGAUCCCAAGAUUGAUUGAAACUGGGGCUAUUUGCCUGAUUGAUGAAGUAUUUCUUGAAUGCCACUACAAUAGGUGGCAGAAAUGCUGCCCUGGGGAGAGGUCUUCAAAGUAUCAGAAUACCUAUGGGCAGUGCUUGGAUCUUUUCACUUCUUUAAGAGAAAGUGGAGUUCUUGUUCAUCAGUGGUGGUGAUCAUCAAUAAUAAUAAUCCAGUCUAGUUUACAUAGCCUUUAGUCUUUUCCUUCCUUGGUUCUUCUUCUCUCUGUAGUGUUCUCAUACAACAGGCAACAAAUUCUCUCUUGUUACUUCAAAUUUUCAUCUGUAUGUACUGUUUGUCCCAUAUAUAGAAUUAUAUUCCAGUUGGUUUAUUCA